AUGUGUGUGGGGCAGUGGUCGGAGGCGCCCUGCGACACACGUGGGAUCGAACCCAAAGAAAAAAAAUUGCAUUCUUCCAGAGGAACAGCCGAAUGCGACGAUGGAGACGACGGUCACCGGGCAGGGGACACCGAAACGUGUGGGCCGUUGGACUCUCGCUCAACUCCGACAGACCGAUGGUAUCAUUCCGAGCCAAGCCGGAUGGAACAAGGGAGAUUCACAGAAACUGAUGACAAAUUUCGGUACACCGCGAAACACUUCCACCAAAGUAAAGGCCGACAAUCUUCAGGAGAUUCCCGAAGAGAUCGCGAAUCGUACACAUGGUGAGGUGCGUCUUCAAUCCGGAACAAAUAAAUUCAGCUCUCAACGUGGAAUGACCGGAUUCGGAACAGGUCGUGAUGUGUGCAGGGAAGGCAAGCACGUCAACACGAAUCCUGCAGAUUUGUCUGAGCUUCCUGAGGAUAAGAUCCGUUUAUCUGAUGGUAUUGUGCGUCUUCAAGCAGGUACAAACAAGUACGACUCACAGAAGGGCAUGACUGGAUUCGGUACUAAUCGUCGCGAAACAACGAAAAUGCUUGACACGAAACAUCCUGAAUACGAUCAUGAACGACCAGAUCAGUCAGAGAUUCCGCUUCAGUCUGGAACGAACAAAUUCGCUUCACAGAAAGGAAUGACCGGCUUCGGUACGUCACGUCGUGAGACCACGAAGAUGGUAGACAGCAGCCAUCCAGAAUAUGACCAUGAGGCUUCUAUUGAUCAGACCACGAUUCCUAGUCAGAUGGGUUCAAACAAAUACGCAUCACAAAAAGGAAUGACUGGGUUUGGUCAACCUCGUUGGGAGGUGCUGGACCCAUCAAUUUCGUGGCAAAAUCGUAAAUCUCAGGGAAUGGUUCGCUUGCAAUCCGGUACCAACAGGUUUGCAUCGCAGCAGGGCAUGACCGGAUUCGGUACCUGCAGAAACACAACCUACGAAGCCGAAGGCGGCGAACUACCUUACGAGGCGAUGAAAAUUUCGGAGACCAUCAUCCCUAGUCAAGCUGGUUGGAACAAGGGAGAUUCGCAGAAGAGGAUGACGUCAUUCGGUGCCCCACGUGACGUGAAAGGCAAACACCUUAAGAGAAUCUGGGAGCUCGAGUAUCCCGAAGAAGCAGAGGUUGGUGUAGAUUCAAGCACAAUGAUAUUAGAUGGUAUAUCAUGUCUUUAA